AUGCGCUCCGUCAGCUACGUGCAGUGCGUGGCGCUGGACUUCGCCGGCAGCCUCUUCCCGCACGCCAUCUGCCUGGGGGACGCCGACAACGACACGCUGAAUGAACUCGUGGUGGGAGACACCAAUGGAAAGCUCUAUGUUUACAAGAAUGACAACAGCAAGCCCUGGGCUGUGCGGUCUUGCCAAGGAAUGCUCACAUGUGUCCGUGUGGGAGAUGUGUGCAAUAAAGGAAAGAAUUUCGUGGUGGCAGUGAGUGCAGAAGGCUGGUUUCAUCUUUUUGACCUGACUUCUCUGAAUUCAAAACACCCAGAUGCUUCAGGCCACCAUGAGCUGGCAGGGGCAGAAGAGCAGAAGCCAGUGUUCAAGCAGCACAUUCCUGCCAACACCAAGGUCAUGCUCAUCAAUGACAUUGAUGGAGAUGGGAAGUGUGAGUUGGUUGUGGGUUACACUGACAGGGUGGUCCGUGCCUUCCGCUGGGAGGACUCAUCAGAGAACCCAGACCAUGUUUCUGGGCAGCUGAUCCUGUUGAAGAAAUGGCUUCUAGAAGGUCAGGUGGACAGCCUGUCAGUGAACCCAGGCCCUGGUGGCUCACCAGAGCUGAUGGUGUCCCAGCCAGGCUGUGGCUAUGCCGUCCUGCUGUGCACCUGGGACACGGAGCAGCGCGACGCAGCCGCGGGAAGGGACGGGUCUGCCCCGAGCAGUGAGGCCCCUGUUCGAGAUGUGAUUCUACACCAAACAUCUGGGCGGAUUCACAACAAGAAUGUCUCCACUCAUCUCAUUGGCAGCAUUGCCCGAGGCUCCAGUGAGAAUAGUGGCUCAGGUCUCUUUGCCCUCUGCACUCUGGAUGGAACGCUGAAACUGAUGGAGGGAGCAGACAAGCUGCUCUGGUCUGUUCAGGUUGAUCACCAGCUCUUUGCUCUGGAAAAGCUGGAUGUUACAGGCAAUGGGCACGAGGAGGUGGUGGCGUGUGCGUGGGACGGGCAGACGUACAUCAUCGACCACAACCGCACGGUGGCCAGAUUCCAAGCAGAUGAGAAUGUCAGUGCCUUCUGUGCAGGCCUCUAUGCAUGCAAAGAAGGGAGCAACAGUCCCUGCCUUGUUUAUGUCAGCUUCAGCCAGAAGAUCUACAUCUACUGGGAUGUGCAGCUGGAGAGAAUGGAGUCCACCAACCUGUUGAAAAUCCUGGAUGGUGACCCAGAGUUUGAAAGUCUCCUGCAGCAGCUGGAUGUAGACAAAAACGAUGUUGAUGCUGUCAGAAACCUGAUUCACAAAACACUCUAUUUUCCUGAGAAAUACCAUCUCAGCAGCCCCUCGCAGGAUCCUGCUGGAACAGAUUCUUCUGCCCACUGCAGUGGCAUCCAGGACCCCUUAUAACAAGAAGGCUGACAUCUUUAAUGCCAGCACAAGCUCGUCUGCAGCUGGAGUUGGGCAUCUGAUGAAGAUGACUGUUCCUUCCCUAUCUUGUGAAAACUUCCAAACAGGAAAGGGUCUACAGGCUGUGAAGGGAUGUUCUUGGCUGUAGGCUUGCCUGUAUGUGGUGGGUUGGUUUGCCUUCAGAUGAGGCAGCUACAGGAACAGAAAGGGCCAAGGAUCUUGCAUGUAGGCCUUCUGUUGCCAGUUUCCAUAAUCCUCACUGACUAGAGUGCACCACUGGUCACUGUGAAGGAGCAGGGAGGUCACAGAUGGAGAGAACAGCUGAGCCAAGUCCCCAUUUUGACCUAUUCUUGGAAGUACUUCAGUGAAUACUUCUGAGUUCUUAGCAGGAUCACAGUGCAGGAAGUGGAGAUGGAGGGACUGAGUUAGGGUGCAGGCAUGGGCCUUCUCUCCCACAAAGGUGUAUUUAAAGUAGAGCCAUGCAUUGUUUGUCUUUGCUUUGCUGCUGCUCUUCUGCCAAGCAAGAAGCAGUUUCUCGCAAAUCACGUGUUCUGAGUAGCUGGAGACGUGCACAACUUGCACAAAUGAGGUGUGGAGAGAGAGCAGCUCCAGCAAACCCAGCUCUGGUCAAGAGUCAUUGCUUGUCUCCAUCUUCUUGGGCAGGGUGAUCCCAGAGAGGGCUGUGACUUAAAGCAGCUGUGAAGCGGUCAGCAAGACCAGUCUGACUGAAGUGUGGAUCUGUGGUGCUAUGAGAGCUUGGCCAUCCACAAUAAGCAGGGAAAGUGGAAAUGCCACUCCUGCCUCUUGUUGUGGAGAGCAUCAUGCUUUGAGUCC